CUUUUCCACUUUGUCUCAAAAUCCUAGUACCACAAGGGUCUAGGGCAUGACCACUACUGUACUUUUUCUUUCUUCAUUUCCUUUUUUCCCCUAUGGGGUAUUUGGAUUCUUUUAUAACAUUUGUAGUAACUACAAAAGAAACAGACCCACCCACCAUUGAGAUGAGAGCAUGGGACAGAGUGAGAAUGAGGGUGUCAUGAAAACCAUAAUUUUCUUUUGUGACUUUCUGUUUCAGUUUCCAGUUUUAUAGUUGUUUUUUUGUUUCAGUUAUAGUACACUAUUAUUUCCAUAUCUGCCCAUUGCUUGUCUUCUUCCCUGUGAUCCUGCAGGGAGCUGAGCUAGCUAGGUUUGUUUGGAAGCCCUUGCAAUCUGUGAUUUUGCUUUGCAGAUUUCUAUAAAAAAAAAACCAGUACGAAUUUCUGGGUUUUCACAACCUUUCUAGUUUCUAGCUUCCCUCCCUGGUUUUGUAGGUUACCAUUUAUAUAUACACAUAUGGUUUCUCAAAACGUUUAAAAAGUGAUUCUUGAAAUGGAAGACUACUAUGGGUUGGGGAGCAGAAACAGAGGAAAGCUGGCAGCGGAAUAUGAAGAGUUUCAGGAAGAAGAAGUGUGGGCUGCUAAUAAUACUGAAAGGGAAACCUCACCAUCAAAGGUGAUGAUGAUGAGGAAAUCUUCUGCGGCGGCGUCUUGGCGGUUGCCUGUGGCUCCGAGAACAGGCGGCCGUGAACGGAGGUGCAGCAGGGCGGAGCAGUCGUCGGCUCCGGUGAGUAUUCCUGACUGGUCCAAGAUUUACUGCAGGAAAAGUGCCGCCAUGAAAGGGGAUAGUGAAGAAGAAGAAGAAGAUGAUGAUGAUAAUGAGAUGGUCCCACCGCAUGAGUACAUAGCUAGGAGGCUUGCAAGAACUCAGAUUGCAUCUUUCUCCAUGUGUGAAGGUGUUGGGAGGACCCUGAAAGGAAGAGACCUCAGCAAAUUGAGAAAUGCCAUCUUGACCAAGACCGGCUUCCUCGAAAAAUAACAUGCGUCCCACAUUGAUUAUCGAUGCAAACCCAGACAGAUAUAUAAGGUUGCCCAUUUUGAGCUGUUUUCUCAGGAGAGAAAAACCAAACCUACGGCGUAUGGUAUUAUGUAGAGCACUAUGUGAGGUUUUUUGUCUGUUGUGUUGUUUCUUAAAUGGUUGUUCUUCUACCCUAUCUGCUUUCUUGAUUAUAUUUUGGAGUUAUCCACUCCCAAUUUCAUUGUUGUUAAGAAUUUUUGGUGCUCUUAUUAUUUCUUUACAAUCUUAUUGUAUAAGUCCGUACCGA